AUGGAAACUCUGGACAGAGCACCAUUCCGUGAAGUAACUGCUAUAGAAGAAUCGAAGCCAUAUGGAAAGAAGCUAUAUGAUGUCGAGGUUGAUUACUGGAGAAAGAUGUCCAGUGAUUCCUGCAAGGAAACAUAUAAAACUCAGCCUGGACAUGUUUUUUUACUGUCAGAUGCUAAACCCGAAAGUAUUUCAGAUAUACAGGAGUCAAAGAAAUCAUGGGCAUUUCUGAUAGUCACUGAAGUGUCCAAUCGUUCUUUUAAAGUUAAAGCAUCGAAAGAGCUUCAAGUCUCCAAUGGCAUUCAGCCAUCUCUCCUUAUGGUUUUCUUAAUCAAUAUAACUCCUAACAUCAAAAUAUGGAAAGCAAUCGACAAUAACAAAAGUGCUAGAUGGAAGGUCCUUUUCAGUGACAACUUUUUGAAAUCAUUCAAAAAACUGAAGUCAUUCCGAGUGAAGAUGUCAUUGCUGUUUCUUCUGCUUAAGCUUUCGAGUGGAUGGAGACCCAAUAAAAGAAAUGUAGAAAAGAAUUGUAAAAGAUCUUCAAUGAUCUGGAAGAAAUUUAAGGUCGAAGGUAUAUAUAUUGUUUGCACUACUGACAUUGAAAAAGAUAGGAGAUACGUGCAAGUGUUGAAGAUCUGGGAUAUAUUGCCUGAUCUGUUGAACGUCCAGAAAUUGGUUGAUCAAUUAGACUGUAUAUUUAAAACAUACACAGAUGGUUUUAUCAGUCUCUGCAGAAAGAAAUGUCUGGACGGUGAUUUGGAAAUUCCGGCCAGCUGGCCCCCCGCUCUGGAUGUUGCCCGGUUUGAAGAUUUAAGCAUCACCAAAAAAACCCCAAGUUAUUUACUUGGUGACUCUUCAGCAGAUAGAAGUUAUGUUGAGAAAUCAAAUGUUAGUGAGAGUUUGUUACUGAUGAAAUUCUACUCCUUAUCAUCUGGAGUGGCAAACUUCUUGCUAUCUGACAGUGAAGGUAGAGAACUGGAUCUCCCCUUUCAACUUACAGAUCAAGAAAUGGAGAUCGUCCGUUAUAAUAGAAGUACAUUUAUACUGGGACGCUCAGGCACCGGGAAGACAACAGUUCUUACAAUGAAAUUAUGUCAGAAAGAACAGCAGCAACGUAUUGCAGAGGAAGGAUUCUAUGGUGUUGAGAAUGCACUCUCGCAUGUUUUUCCGAAUAAUAACAAGGUUGAGCAGAGUCCUACUGGUGCUAAUAUGUGUGUCUUGCGCCAGCUUUUGGUGACAGUGAGUGCAAAACUCUGUUUUGCCGUCAAGCAACAUGUUUUACACUUGAAAAGUUUUUCUUCUGGGGGAAACCAUUCAGGUGAAUGCAGUUCGACUGAUAGCAUUGAUUUUGAGGAUGAAGAAGCCCAGUUCAACAAUAUCCCAGAUUCUUUUCUUGAUAUUCCGCCCAACUGUUAUCCUCUUUUCAUAACAUUCCAUAAGUUCUUGAUGAUGCUUGAUGGAACCCUAGGUAACUCAUUCUUUGAAAGAUUCCUUGACACCUCAGAACCUCGGCCAAGUUCAAGAUCAGUUGCGCUGCAGACGGUUCUAAGACAAAAGGAGGUCAAUCUUGCGAGGUUCAGCACUUCUUAUUGGCCUCAUUUUAAUAUACAGCUAACAAAGAAGCUUGAUCCUUCUAAAGUAUUUACAGAGAUUAUCUCUCAUAUCAAAGGCGGCCUGGGAGUCACAGAAGCAGGUGAUGGAAAACUCAGUCGAGGAGAUUAUGUCCAACGUUCAGAGGGCCGGGCGUCAAAUCUGAGCAAGGAGAAGAGGGAGAUGAUAUAUGAUAUAUUUCUGACGUGA